AAGCAACUUUACACAGAAAAUCAAAACAAAAGUGAAUCGCAACACUCGGACGGAGCUGUAGCUAUGGUGUAAGGAAGAAAACUGUCAGGAAGAAACGAUAAAACGUCAAUUUGAGAAACUAUGGCAAGGAAAACGGUGACGGGGAUCCUUUUCACCUUACUCCUAUCCCUGGGUUCGUGUGCAAUUGCGGAAAAGAAAGUAUGUCAGGGUGGAAACAACAAACUGGCCUUGCUGGGAACUGUAGAUGACCACUACCAGGCUCUGGUUAAGAUGUAUGGAAACUGCACUGUGAUACUGGAGAACCUGGAGAUUACCUACACCACACAGGAACACGACCUGUCUUUCCUCAAGACUAUUCAUGAAGUUGGAGGCUAUGUCCUGAUCGCUGUCAACACAGGGGUUAGAAUCCCCCUGGACAACCUACGUAUCAUCCGAGGACACACUCUGUAUGAGGACCAGUACGCACUGGUCGUCAUGUCCAACUACAACAACACCGUUGGAAAAGGUGUGAGAGAGCUGCCUCUCAUCAGCUUAACCGAAAUACUUAGAGGAGGAGUGAAAUUUUCUAACAACCAUCACUUGUGCAAUGUUGAGACGAUCCAGUGGCCGGACAUUGUGAACAUGAAGAGUAGUCCGCAGAUGAUGUACCCAGUGAUGAACCCAGACAAGCAAUGUAAAAAAUGUGAUCCGAGCUGUAACAAUGGCUCUUGCUGGGCCCCUGGCCCAGAAAACUGUCAGACGUUGACCAGAUUGAAUUGUGCGGAGCAGUGUUCGCGGCGAUGCAAAGGACCCAAACCCAUUGACUGCUGUAAUGAGCACUGUGCCGCCGGCUGUACGGGCCCCAGACCCACCGACUGCUUUGCUUGUAAAGACUUUCAGGACGACGGGACGUGUAAGGACGCGUGUCCGCGGCUCAUGCUCUACGAUCCCAACACACACCAGCUUGCUGUCAACCCAGAUGGGAAGUACAACUUUGGGGCCACCUGUGUCAAAAGCUGCCCGCAUAACUACGUGGUGACUGACCAUGGAGCGUGUGUUCGAGCGUGCAGUGCCGGAACCUACGAGGUGGACGAGGGAGGCAUGAGGAAGUGCAAAAAGUGUGAGGGCCUGUGUCCAAAAGCUUGUAAUGGACUUGGAAUGGGUCAUCUCUCAGGUAUCUUGUCAAUCAAUGCCAGCAACAUCGACUCAUUUCAAAACUGCACAAAAAUCAACGGCGAUGUUGCAAUCCUACAUACAACUCUUAACGGAGACAAGCACACUAAAACGCCAAAGUUAGAUCCUGAGAAACUCAAUGUUUUUAAAACGGUCAAAGAAAUUACUGGAUUCCUAUUGAUUCAGAAAUGGCCCAAAAGCAUGCCCUCCCUGAGCCCCUUUGAAAACCUAGAGGUGAUCCGUGGACGGACCAAACACCAAGGCAUGAUUAGCCUCGCCAUCACACAGACUCCCAUUAAUCACCUGGGCCUGCGUUCCCUGCGGGAGAUCAGCGACGGGGAGGUGGUCAUUAUGCAGAACCCCAACCUCUGCUACACUAAGCAGGAGCACUGGAAACGGCUCUUUAAGUCUGACCGACAGUCUGUCCGGCUUCUGCAGAAUGCAGACGCAGCCACGUGCGCUGCGAAGAACAGCACGUGUAACAAGAUGUGUACGGGUGAGGGCUGCUGGGGUCCAGGUCCAACCAUGUGUUUUGCCUGCACUCACCUGAGCCGUAAGGGCCGCUGUGUGGCCUCCUGUAACCUGCUGGAAGGGGAUCCGCGCGAGUGUGAGGUGAAUAAGACAUGUGUACAAUGUGAUCCUGAAUGCCUGCCCAUGAACGGAACCCAGACCUGCACCGGGCCUGGUCCUGACAAAUGUGUGGCGUGUGCCAACUUUAAAGACGGCCAGCACUGCGUGCCACGGUGCCCUCAUGGGGUGCCAGGAAAGAAGGACAGCCUCGUGUGGAAGUACGCUGACAGUAAGAGGGUGUGCCAACCUUGUCACAAGAACUGCACCCAAGGAUGUACGGGACCUGGUCUGAAAGACUGUAAAGAUUUCAAAAGUAAUACGGGGACGUCCAUGAUCGCAGCGGCCGUGGUCGGUGGCCUGCUGGCCUUUGUCAUCCUGGCUCUGGGCGUGACUGUCCUGCUGAGGAGGCGACACAUCAAGAGGAAGAGGACCCUCCGUCGACUCCUUCAGGAGAGAGAGCUGGUGGAGCCAUUGACACCCAGUGGAGAGGCCCCGAACCAAGCUUUGCUUCGUAUCCUCAAAGAGACGGAGUUUAAGAAGGUCAAAGUUCUGGGAUCUGGAGCAUUUGGCACGGUCUACAAGGGUCUGUGGGUUCCUGAGGGGGAGGAUGUGAAGAUUCCAGUCGCUAUUAAGGUCUUAAGAGAGGCCACAUCUCCCAAAGCCAACAAGGAGAUAUUGGACGAGGCUUAUGUAAUGGCCAGUGUGGAGCACCCUCAUGUAUGUCGACUGCUGGGCAUUUGUCUGACCUCCACUGUUCAGCUCAUCACCCAGCUUAUGCCCUAUGGCUGCCUGCUAGACUACGUCCGAGAGAACAAGGACAACAUCGGCUCCCAGUACCUGCUCAACUGGUGUGUGCAGAUUGCCAAGGGUAUGAAUUAUUUAGAAGAACGCCACCUGGUACAUCGUGACCUGGCUGCCAGAAAUGUUCUGGUGAAGACUCCUCAGCAUGUGAAGAUCACAGACUUCGGCCUUGCCAAGCUACUCAGCCCUGAUGAAAAGGAGUAUCACGCAGAUGGUGGGAAGGUACCAAUCAAAUGGAUGGCACUUGAAUCCAUUCUUCACCGUACUUACACACAUCAGAGUGAUGUCUGGAGUUACGGAGUCACAGUUUGGGAGCUGAUGACCUUUGGGACCAAGCCCUAUGACGGGAUACCAGCCAGUGAGAUAGCAGGGGUUCUGGAGAAAGGAGAGAGGCUUCCUCAACCUCCCAUCUGUACCAUUGACGUCUACAUGAUCAUGGUGAAAUGCUGGAUGAUCGAUGCGGACAGCAGGCCGAGGUUUCGGGAGCUCAUUGCCGAGUUUUCCAAGAUGGCCCGGGAUCCGCCUCGAUACCUUGUCAUUCAGGGCGAUGAACGGAUGCACCUGCCCAGCCCCACAGACUCUAAAUUUUACCGUACUCUGAUCAGCGAGGUGGACUUGGAGGAUGCGGUGGAUGCGGACGAGUACCUGGUGCCCAACCAUAGCUUCUUCAGCAGCCCAAGCACCUCUCGCACCCAACUGCUGCACAGCGUGAGCCUCAACAGCAGCAUUGGGACGUGUCAGAACAGAAAUGGGAACGGUUGCCCAGCAAGGGAGAACAGCCUCGUUCUUCGCUACAUUCCAGACCCCACAGACCGGUUUCUGGACGGUGAUUUCCAACCUGCUCCAGAAUACAUGAACCAAAACGGCGGCCAUGUAUCUGACAUGGCCAACCCCAUCUACCAGCACCCUGGACCUCCCCGCGCCGCCCUCUCUGCCUCCGCCCUGGACGAGACCGAGGAGGAGUACCUCAACUGCUUCAAGAGCCCGUCUGCUUCGUCUGCCGCUGCCACCGCCGUUCCUCCAGAGUACAUCAACACCUCCCACACACAGCUCCUGUGCUCCAUCUCCUCAGACACGUCGCUCCUCAAAGGCCAAGGCUAUCACCCACAGAACAGCAUAGACAACCCUGACUACCAACAAGACUUCUGCCCCCUACAGAUCAAACCGCAGACCAACGGGCAUCUCCCAGCUGCUGAGAACGUAGAGUACAUGGGCCUGGAGGUGCACUAGCUGCAGCUUUGCUCACACAGUUGGAGGAUAUUUAAAAAAAAAAAAAAAGAACGAGACUAAUUUACUUUCAAGGACAAUUGUCUUUCAAGGACAAAUGCUUGGCUAAGAAACACAGACUGCCUAGUGCUGUGUGUUGCGCUGUCAUAGAAUGUGAGGGAUUCACUGCUGUAUAGUUAAUGUACAGCUUGUGAGUCCUACAAAUGCGCUCUGUGUUCACCUUUGAAAUGUAAUUUCUUUACCAUUGUACUCCUUUAGUCUUAAACCUAAUAUUGGUUGAACUGGCCCGUUGAGUAAGGCUGGUUCUUUUAUUAUCAAACAAACUAUCCUGUCACUGCAUCGUUCGUUCGAGAAUAAGAGAAAAUGGAGCAUCUCCACUACCGACGUGACAAAAGAUUAAAAAAUGUCCUUUGUUUUUUCCCUUUGCGAGUGACAGUUCUGGAGGAAGUAAUGCGGAUAUGCUCAGUGAUUUGAAAGAUAAAGACUUGGGUUUCAGAACACAGAGAGAAUGGAAACGCCUCCUCACUGUGAAAGCAAAGAAAAAGGCCUCGGUUUUUACGCUGGAAGUGUUGGUACGCAUAGAUAAAGACCAACACCCACAUGGUACUUGUACAGGAGACAUGAAUGUUAUUGUUUAUUUGUCUACAAAUAUGUGGAAAUGUAUUUUAACUCUUGUCGCCGUCACACAUAAACUAUGUACAGGGUUAAUCAUGUGUAUUCCCUUUUUAUCUGUGAAUAUAAUAGCUCUAAUGUUUGUAGAUACUUGCACGCUUAUGGUUACUGUAAUAUAUUGAAAUGAAUUUUGAGGGGACGGUUUCAGAGUCGGCAUGUUCCUUCAGAGAAACCUUCAGAGAUUUUUCAGAGACACUUUGCCUGAAAACAGAGCUAUACAAAGGGUUACAUGGAAACCAGAAGGUUUUUGUGUAAAGUUCUGAAUUCUUGUAGAGGUUACGCCUUUACUUCUUGACAACUACAGUAUAGCGGAAAAUGAAUUCCCUUUUGUGCUGUAUUCAACUUUCUCAUAUUAUUACUUUUAGAAAG